CUACCAAUUUGCUUCCUUGAAUGGCAAGUCUCUUCUCCUCACGUCUCAGCUCUCGUUCUCUUUCUCUCCUCAUCAACAUCUUCUUCAUCUUCCUCAUCUAUCUCCAUUUCGCUUCACAAAAUCCUUCUCCCUCCGGAUCCAUCCAAACCUUAAAUUCUCUCGCCGGCGGUGACACUGACAGCUGCAGCGGAGGACUCGCCAGCCUUGACGACCACCGUUCCAAGUGUUCUUACAUUAGAUCUCAAUCAAAAUGUGGCCCACAAGGUUACAUAGACUAUCUCAAGAUUUUCUUCUGCAUCUUCGGACAAUCCCCUGUUUUGGGCCAUCUAGUUUUAUCCAUCUGGUUGUUUGUUCUGUUCUACUUGCUCGGAGACACGGCCGCGAGUUACUUCUGUCCUUCUUUAGACAGCUUAUCUAAGGUAUUGAAGCUGUCUCCUACAAUGGCUGGAGUCACGCUUCUUUCUCUGGGUAACGGUGCACCUGAUUUAUUCUCAAGUGUUGUCUCCUUCACUAGAUCGAAUAAUGGCGAUUUCGGGCUCAACUCUAUUUUAGGUGGUGCGUUCUUCGUCUCAAGCUUCGUUGUCGGGACGAUUUGUGUGUUGAUUGGAUCUAGAGAUGUCUCUAUCGACAGAAACAGCUUUAUCCGCGACGUGGUUUUUCUUCUGGUCGCUCUUUGCUGUCUCGGUUUGAUCAUCUUCAUAGGCAAAGUAACCAUUUGGGUCGCUCUCUGUUACCUCUCCAUUUAUCUCCUCUAUGUAGGGUUCUUAUCGGUUUCUCAUUUCUUUGACCGCAAGAAACGUAUGUCCGAUCAGAAUCUUCGUAGCAGAGAGGAUUUAGCCGAGAUGGGCGUCCCGUUGCUAGGCUAUAUAACAGAGGAGAAGCUGGUUUUGCCAGAGAAAACAUCUCAAGAAUUCAAGAUUGUGUUUGAAGAGUCUCCAAAAAGGAACCGAUCUUGCUUCUCGGUGCUAGUGAGCAUCAUAGGACUACCUUUAUAUCUCCCCAGGCGGCUCACAAUUCCCGUCGUUCGCGAAGAAAAAUGGUCAAAGCCUUGCGCUGUGGUUUCCACGGCCAUCGCGCCUGUUCUACUAACCGAACUUUACUGUUCUCAUUACAGCGGAUCCCAAAGAAACCUAAUCUUGUACAUAAUAUCCGGAUCUAUCGGGCUAAUCCUCGGUAUCUUAGCUUACUUGACGACAGAAAAAUCGCAUCCGCCGAAGAAAUUCUCAUUAGUUUGGCUUCUAGGAGGCUUCACGAUGAGUGUGACAUGGACAUACAUGAUAGCACAAGAGCUAGUCUCAUUGUUAAUAUCCUUAGGUAAUAUCUUUGGUAUAAGCCCCUCCGUGCUAGGACUAACCGUCCUAGCUUGGGGCAAUUCCUUAGGCGAUCUUAUCGCAAAUGUGACCGUGGCGUUUCACGGAGGCAACGACGGUGCUCAGAUAGCCCUUUCCGGGUGCUACGCAGGUCCGUUAUUCAACACGGUGAUUGGACUAGGUGUACCACUUGUCAUCUCCUCGUUGGCCGAAUACCCCGGGGUCUACAUCAUUCCUAGUGACAAUUCGUUGCUUGAGACACUAGGGUUCUUAAUGGUAGGCUUGCUUUGGGCACUUGUGAUAAUGCCAAAGAAGAAGAUGAGACUUGAUAAGCUUGUCGGUGGGGGCUUACUCGCUAUUUACCUCUGUUUCUUGUCUUUGAGAUUGGCUAGAGUUUUUGGAGUCCUUGAUAUCGACCGGUGAAUUUUAUAGUAAUGUAAAUUUUUUAAAUUUUGUUUGGGUUGUUUUUGUAAUAAUAGUUAUUUCUUAAA